AUGACAGGACUUUUGUGUCUCAUUGCUCCAUCCAAUGUACCCACAGUUAAUCUGACAAGUCGCACUGAGAAUCAGUUGACUUUAGAGUGGAGUAAAGUGAACAACAACAGUGAUUACAAUUAUAUACUGAGAUACAGCAAUGGAACAGAGACAAACAUCCCUGUAUCACAGGACAGUGAUGUAGUCCCACAUACUGUACCAUCUCUGUCUUCUGGGACAAAAUACUUCUUCACUCUGUACACUGCAUUUGAAGGAGUGAGAAGCAGUGGAUACAACUUCUCUGAGGUCACUACCCCAUCCAAUGUUCUCACAGUUAAUCUAACCAGCCGCACUGAGAAUCAGUUGACUUUAGAGUGGACCAAAGUGAACAACAACAGUAAUUACACUUACAUAUUGAGAUACAGCAAUGGAAAUGAGACACCCAUCACUGAGUCAGAUUCAGGAGAUGUAGUCCCAUAUACUGUAUCAUCUCUGUCGUCUGGGACAAAAUACUCUUUCACUCUGUACACUGUGUUUGAAGAAGUGAGAAGCAGUGGAUACAACUUCUCUCAGGUCACCACUCCGUCUAAUAUACUAGCGGUUAAUCUGACAAGCCGCAAUGAGAAUCAAUUGACUUUGGAGUGGACCAAAGUCAACAACAACAGUAAUUACAAUUAUAUACUGAGAUACAGCAAUGGAGCAGAGACAAACAUCACUGUAUCUCAGGACAGUGAUGUAGUGACACAUAACAUAUCACUUCUGUCUUCUGGCACAAAGUACUUCUUCACUCUGUACACUGUGUUUGAAGGAGUUAGAAGCAGUGGAUACAACUUCUCUCAGGUCACCACUCCGUCCAAUGUACUCACAGUUAAUCUGACAAGCCGCACUGAGAAUCAGUUGACUUUGGAGUGGGGCAAAGUGAACAACAACAGUGAUUACAAUUACACACUGAGAUACAGCAAUGGAACAGAGACAAACAUCACUGUAUCUCAGUACAGUGAUGUAGUGACACAUAACGUCUCACUUCUGUCUUCUGGCACAAAGUACUUCUUCACUCUGUACACUGUGUUUGAAGGAGUGAGAAGCAGUGGAUACAGUUUCUCUGAGGUCACCACCCCAUCCAAUAUACUCACAGUUAAUCUGACAAGCCGCACUGAGAAUCAGUUGACUUUGGAGUGGACCAAAGUCAAAAACAACAGUAAUUACAAUUACACACUGAGAUACAACAAUAGGACAGAGACAAACAUCAUUGUAUCACAGGACAGUGAUGUGGUGACACAUAAUAUAUCAUCUCUGUCUUCUGGCACAAAGUACUUCUUCACUCUGUACACUGUGUUUGAAGGAGUGAGAAGCAGUGGAUACAACUUCUCUCAGGUCACCACUCCGUCUAAUAUACAAGCGGUUUAUCUGACAACCCGCACUGAGAAUCAGUUGACUUUGGAGUGGACCAAAGUGAACAACAGCAGUGAUUACAAUUACACACUGAGAUACAACAAUAGGACAGAGACAAACAUCACUGUAUCACAGGACAGUGAUGUAGUGACACAUAGCGUAUCACUUCUGUCUUCUGGCACAAAGUACUUCUUCACUCUGUACACUGUGUUUGAAGGAGUGAGAAGCAGUGGAUACAACUUCUCUCAGGUCACCACUCCAUCCAAUGUACUCACAGUUAAUCUGACAAGCCGCACAGAGAAUCAGUUGACUUUGGAGUGGACCAAAGUCAACAACAACAGUAAUUACAAUUACACACUGAGAUACAACAAUAGGACAGAGACAAACAUCACUGUAUCUCAGGACAGUAAUGUAGUGACACAUGACGUAUCAUCUCUGUUUUCUGGCACAAAAUAUUCUUUCACUCUGUACACUGUGUUUGAAGGAGUGAGAAGCAGUGGAUACAACUUCUCUCAGGUCACCACCCCAUCCAAGGUACUCACAGUUAAUCUGAUCAACCGUACUGUGAAUCAGUUGAUUUUAGAGUGGAGCAAAGUGAACAACAACAGUGAUUACAAUUACACACUGAGAUACAAAAAUGGGACGGAGACAAACAUCACUGCAUCUCCGGACAGUGAUGUAGUGACACAUAACGUAUCAUCUCUGUCUUCUGGCACAAAGUACUUCUUCACUCUGUACACUGUGUUUGAAGGAGUGAGAAGCAGUGGAUACAACUUCUCUCAGGUCACCAAUGGAACAGAGACAAACAUCACUGAGUCAGAUACCAAUCAAGUACUCACACAUACUGUACCAUCUCUGUCUUCUGGGACAAAAUACUCUUUCACUCUGUACACUGUGUUUGAAGGAGUGAGAAGCAGUGGAUACAACUUCUCUCAGGUCACCAGUGAGUACCACUGCCCAACUCCGUCUAAUAUACAAGCGGUUUAUCUGACAACCCGCAAUGAGAAUCAGUUGACUUUGGAGUGGACCAAAGUCAACAACAACAGUAAUUACAAUUAUAUACUGAGAUACAGCAAUGGAACAGAGACAAACAUCACUGUAUCACAGGACAGAGAUGUUGUGACACAUAACGUAUCACUUCUGUCUUCUGGCACAAAGUACUUCUUCACUCUGUACACUGUGUUUGAAGGAGUGAGAAGCAGUGGAUACAACUUCUCUCAGGUCACCACUCCAUCCAAUGUACUCACAGUUAAUCUGACAAGCCGCACAGAGAAUCAGUUGACUUUGGAGUGGACCAAAGUCAACAACAACAGUAAUUACAAUUACACACUGAGAUACAACAAUAGGACAGAGACAAACAUCACUGUAUCUCAGGACAGUAAUGUAGUGACACAUGACGUAUCAUCUCUGUUUUCUGGCACAAAAUAUUCUUUCACUCUGUACACUGUGUUUGAAGGAGUGAGAAGCAGUGGAUACAACUUCUCUCAGGUCACCACUCCGUCCAGUAUAAUCUCAAUUAAUCUGAAAAGCCGCAAUGAGAAUCAGUUGACCUUAGAGUGGACCAAAGUCAAUAACAACAGUAAUUACACUUACACACUGAGAUACAACAAUAGGACAGAGACAAACAUCACUGCAUCUCAGGACAGUGAUGUAGUGACACAUAACGUAUCAUCUCUGUCUUCUGGGACAAAGUACUUCUUCACUCUGUUCACUGUGUUUGAAGGAGUGAGAAGCAGUGGAUACAACUUCUCUCAGGUCACCAUUCCGUCCAAUGUACUCACAGUUAAUCUGACAAGCCGCGCUGAGAAUCAGUUGACUUUGGAGUGGACCAAAGUCAACAACAACAGUGAUUACAAUUACACACUGAGAUACAACAAUAGGACAGAGACAAACAUCACUGUAUCUCAGGACAGUGAUGUAGUGACACAUAACGUCUCUCUUCUGUCUUCUGGCACAAAGUACUUCUUCACUCUGUACACUGUGUUUGAAGGAGUGAGAAGCAGCGGAUACAACUUCUCUCAGGUCACCAUUCCGUCCAAUGUACUCACAGUUAAUCUGACCAGCCGCACUGAGAAUCAGUUGAAUUUAAAGUGGGAUAAAGUCAAGAACAACAAUAACUACACUUACACACUGAGAUACAGCAAUGGAACAGAGACAAACAUCACUGUAUCACAGGACAGUGAUGUAGUGACACAUGACGUAUCAUCUCUGUCUUCUGGGACAAAAUACGUCUUCACUCUGUACACUGUGUUUGAAGGAGUGAGAAGCAGUGGAUACAGCUUCUUUGAGGUCACCACUCCGUCCAAUGUACUCACGGUUAAUCUGACCAGCCGCACUGAGAAUCAGUUGACUUUGAGGUGGGAUAAAGUCAAGAACAACAAUAAUUACAGUUACAUACUGAGAUACAGCAAUGGAACAGAGACAAACAUCACUGAGUCAGAUACCAAUCAAGUAGUCACACAUACUGUACCAUCUCUGUCAUCUGGGACAAAACACUCUUUCAUUCUGUACACUGUGUUUGAAGGAGUGAGAAGCAGUGGAUACAACUUCUCUGAGGUCACCACCCCAUCCAAUGUACUCUCAGUUAAUCUGACCAGCCGCACUGAGACAGAGUUGACUUUAAAGUGGGAUAAAGUCAACAACAACAGUGAUUACAGUUACAUACUGAGAUACAGCGAUGAAACAGAGACAAACAUCACUGAGUCAGAUACCAAUCAAAUAGUCACACAUGACAUAUCCUCUCUGUCCUCUGGGACAAAAUACUCCUUCACUCUGUAUACUGUGCUUGAAGGAGUGAGAAGCAGUGGAUACAACUUCUCUGAGGUCACCAAUACCAAUCAACUAGUCACACAUACUGUACCAUCUCUGUCCUCUGGGACAAAAUAUUCUUUCACUCUGUACACUGUGUUUGAAGGAGUGAGAAGCAAUGGAUACAACUUCUCUGAGGUCACCACUCCUUCCAAUUUAGACCAUGUUACUGUGACACACCGCAAUGAGACUGCAUUAACACUGCAGUGGAACAAAGUGAACAAAAACAAUAAAUACAGUUACAAUCUGACAUACAACAGUGGACCAGAAAUACCCAUCUCUGCAUCAGAGGGAAGUGAUAUAGUCACAUUCACAGUCUCAUCUCUGUCUCCUGCGACUGAAUACACUCUCACUCUCUACACUGUGUUUGAAGGAGUCAAGAGCACCUUCGACUGCACCAUUUCGAACUGGAGAGUCACCAACCAAACCAUUAAUGCUCAGAUCCAGGGACUUUUCACCACAGCCACGGCAAUCAACGGCAAUGACAGCAGUCCUGUAGAUGGCAGUGUGGAUAACGGAGCAGUAUCAUUUUCUGAUCUUUCUCCAGGCUCUACAUACACUGUGUCUCUCCAGUAUCAGUCCCUUCUGCAGUGCACACACACUGUGACUUUAGUGCCAGGACUUGUGACUGGUCUACGCUGUGAGUAUUCGUCUGGUGGUUAUGCCCUGGCUCUGGUCUGGGGUGAUCCAGUUGGAAAGCGGACUGGGGUGCAGGUGAACAUGAGUGGGAAAAGCUUUACUGAAAAUGGGAAUCGUCUGGAGAUACCGGGGCAACAGCCUGCCCAGUGGUACCAUUUGACUGUGACAUCACUGUCUGGAGAGAUGAGAAGUGAAUCUGUUUCAAUCAGCUGUCAGACUGAUCCAAGAGGAGUCAUUGCAGGGUCUGUUAUCGGUGUUCUGCUCAUCAUUGUCUUAGUCUGUCUCGGUUUAUUCAUCUGCCGCAGGCACCCGGAGAUAAUUGGUAGCUCCAAACUCCCCCAUGUGUUUACGGACACGAAAAAAACAUCUGUCGACAAAUUUAAGGCUGCCAUUCCAUUGAAGAAGUUUCCGGAUCACUUUAAGGCAAUGAGUGCAGACGAGAACAGAGGCUUCAGUGAGGAAUACGAGGACUUAGGUCCAGUUGGGACAGAACAGGCCCGGAGAGUGGCACUGAUGCCUGAGAACAAGAGCAAGAACCGAUUCACUAAUGUGCUGCCCUAUGACUGGUCUCGGGUGAGACUAAGUGCACAGGGCCCUGGAAACUCAGACUACAUCAAUGCAAACUAUAUGCCUGGAUAUGGUAGCAAUAGCAGACAGUACAUUGCUAGCCAGGGCCCACUGCCCUCUACAGUCAAUGAUUUCUGGAGAAUGAUCUGGGAGCAGAAGGUUCAGGGUAUCGUCAUGGUAACCAACUGCACGGAAGGAGGAAGGAUCAAAUGUGAGCAGUACUGGCCUCUGGACUACACGCCCUGCACGUACGGUCAUGUGACUGUCACUGUCCAAUCAGAGCAGAGGGACGUCGACUGGACGCUGCGGGAAUUUAAGGUCAAAAAUACGACCUCCUCGUCCGAGGAGCGGACAGUUAGGCAUUUCCAUUUCACCGCCUGGCCCGACCACGGUGUUCCUGCAGGAACGGAGGCGCUGAUCCAGUUCCGUGCCCUUGUACGGCAGCACAUUGAGACGUGUGGUUCUAGUGCGCCCACUGUGGUUCACUGCAGUGCUGGAGUGGGCAGGACAGGCACGCUGAUUGCCCUGGACGUCUUACUCCAGCAGCUGGACAGAGACCGGGCAGUGGGUAUCGCCAGCUUCGUCUAUCGCAUGAGGAUGAGCCGACCACUCAUGGUGCAGACAGAGUCCCAGUACGUGUUUCUGCACCAGUGUAUCAUGGACUGUCUACAGCCCAAAGAGAAGAUUCCAGAAGAGGCCAUCUAUGAAAACUCAGACAUGAUUUAUGCCAACGCUAUGGCUUUGAAAGAAUACAACUCAGGCACAAAGGCUUAAGCACCAAUACAGACUCUCACAAAGACCUGGACUUCUGCACCUCUUCGAACUUUUCUUAACACUCUGUGGUCCUCGAUUUCAAUUCGAAGCACUUUCAAGCAAACGACCGGACCGAAACAUUUAACUUUUAAUUUUGUAUUUCGUUAUUGCAAAGAUCUGCCUUACCAUAAACUGCCUUUUUGUAAAAUUGUCAGAACUGGCUCUUUCAAAAUGUCAAUAUUUAACUUCUUUUUUUCUUGUACGAAAUUAGAUUUUUAUGAGGAAGCUUACUGAAUGGUUGUAAUGAAUGCCAGAUGACUGAGACAGUAAUGAUUUUCUGUAGCUCAGAUGUAAUUUCAGGAUGAUGACCAGAAGGGCUCUACAAAAAAAAAAAAAAAAUCUAAUUUCUCCAUACAGAUUAUUUUGAGUUAUAUUGUGCUCAGUGAGGAAAAGAAAAAGGAAACUGUACAUGACGCCACAAAUCUCUGUUAUCACAGAAGGGUUAAGGAUGUGAUGGAUCUGAGAACCCAGCUAACUGUAAGACUAGUUUUUUUUGCACUCCAUUCUGGCGUUGUGUUUUGCAUCCUGAUAGGAAAACCAGCCUACUUCAUUCAUUGAUCAUUUAAGAUGAGAAUCACACCUAGCUGCACUUUUGUUCAGAAUGCUCGCUGUCUUCAUAUGACACUGCCGCCAGAGACCACAAUGACCUGGUUCCUCAGAGAUGUGUUUUCUUAUGUUUAUCUUUUAUAUUACAAAUUUUAUUGGAAGAGAUGUACAU